CACAGAAGUUUUCAAAUGUGGAAAAGUUUGAUUCUCACCUCCUAUAAUUAAGCAUAAAUAUUCUCCUUGAAAUCCGAACCCGGAAUCCGAUCACAUUCGAAUUUUCAAUCUACAAUCGGCACUUUAGAAAACAGUUUUAUGUUCCAGCUGCUAUAAAGUCCCCCACCUAAACCAAUACGGAGGUGUUUCAGACUUUCAGUAGAGUUCAAAGAAAGUCGUGAUUAGUGUAUAAAAAUUGGUUUCUCAUCAUGGCUGGAGUUGUGGUAGUCUUUGAUUUCGAUCGUACCCUUAUUGAUAAAGAUAGUGAUCGUUGGGUCAUUGAUCAUUUUGGUGUUACCACAUUGUACACUCAACUUUACCCUACUAUGCCAUGGAACUCCUUGGUGGAUAGGAUGAUACAAGAAAUUCAUUCACAGGGAAGAACAAUUGAGGAAAUCUCAGAGUGCUUAAAAGGGGUUCCUUUACAUCCUAACAUAAUCACAGCUAUUAAAUCAGCUCAUAAUCUUGGGUGUGACUUGAGAAUUGUAAGUGAUGCAAACAUGUUUUUCAUUGAGACAAUCUUGAUGCAUCAUGGUAUAAUGGAAUGUUUUUCUGAGAUCAAUACAAACCCAAUAAAGAUAGAUGAACAAAGGAGGCUUAGAGUCUUUCCUUACCAUGAUGCCAGUUCUGCUCCUCAUGGAUGCACUCUUACAUGCCCUCCUCAUAUGUGCAAGGGGAAGAUCAUGGAACGAAUCCGAAAUUCUGCUUCGUUUGUUGAAGGACAAAAACAGUUUAUAUACAUUGGAGAUGGGGGUGGUGACUUCUGCCCUAGUGUGAAGCUUAAAGAAGAAGACUAUGUAAUGCCAAGGAAGGACUACCCAGUAUGUAAAAUGAUUUGCAAGAACAAAUCACUUAUGAAAGCUGAGAUUCAUGAAUGGAGUACUGGAGAUGAGCUUGAAGUUAAACUCCUUGGUCUCAUUAACAAGAUCAGCGGUUGCCAGACAACACUGAAGAAGUAGGCAUUAAUUAUUUCAUAUCUAUACUUGUAAGGAAUUGCUUGGAAAAAAAACUCCACAUCUCCCCUAGCUAUAAGCUGUAAUAUAUGAAUAUUAUAGAAUGUCAGGUUUUAACAGAAAAUGAUAUAUGCAUUAUGCACUCCUUUUGGGCAGAACAAAU